CUCCCUCUCACCCUCCUGCUCACCCUCUGGGCUCUCCAGUGCAACUCUAAAGACUGUAGAAACAAUCAGUUUCAGUGUGAAGAUGGACGGUGUAUUCCUUUGUAUUGGAGGUGUGACGCUGUGUCUGACUGCAGUGACAGCUCUGAUGAACAAGGCUGCCCUCGACAGACUUGUGGAUCGAAUCACUUCCAGUGUGAGAGCGACGGGGAAUGCAUCUCUGAAACGUGGGUUUGUGAUGGUGAGGAAGACUGUGACGAUGGGUCAGAUGAGCAUCAGCAGUGCUCAAGAAGGACCUGCUCCAGUUACCAGUUCACUUGCACCAAUGGACUGUGUAUCCCAGCAGAGUACAGGUGCGAUCAUGUCAACGACUGCACAGACAAAAUUGAUGAGCGAGACUGCCAAUAUCCUGACUGCACUGAGUUGAGCUGUUUGAGUGGAGCCUGUUAUAACCAAAGCCAGAAGUGUGACGGAGUGCUGGACUGCAGGGAUGGAGCAGAUGAAACCAACUGUACUAAUAGAUGCAUCAGAACACAGUUUGAGUGUGCGAGUGGAGACUGUAUUCCAGAGAUCUAUGUGUGUGACCACGAUGAUGACUGUGGGGAUGGGAGCGAUGAGCAAUCUUGCGUCUAUCCCAGUUGCAAAGGGAACUUCUUUACCUGUCCCAGUGGCCACUGCAUUCAUCAGGCCUGGCUCUGUGACGGAGAUGAUGACUGUGGAGACAAUGCUGAUGAAAGAGGAUGUGAAAAUAGUGAACAAGAGGAAUGUUUCCCAGGAAAAUGGAAGUGUCCAGGCUCCCAGCAUUGUAUUCCUAUCGACAAGAUCUGUGAUGAGACUGUGGACUGUCCUUUUGGAGAAGAUGAAACUAACAUCACAGCAGGCAAAAACUGCAGUAUAAGUAACUGUGCUGCUUUAAGCUGCGAGCAUCGCUGUCAUGCCUCACCCACAGGUGGGGUCUGCUAUUGCCCUUUAGGGUUUGUCAUCAGCCCCAAUGCUCGCUCCUGUGUUGACUUUGAUGAAUGUAAGCUGUGGGGGAUCUGUGAUCAGUUAUGCGAAGACCAAGUUGGGAGCCAAAUGUGCUCCUGUGUGGAGGGAUAUGUGCUGGAGCACCACAAACACUGCCGGGCAAAUGCAUCAACCGGAGUUCCAUCCAUUAUCUUCUCCAAUGGACGUGAUUUGCUGAUGGGUGAUAUUCAUGGGAUGAACUUAAAGAUCCUCGUGCAAUCUCACAACCGGGGGAUAGCUGUUGGUGUUGAUUUUCACUACCAUCUUGGGAUGAUCUUUUGGACAGACACAGUUCAAAAUAAGGUGUUCUCAGCAGAUGUCAGUGGCUCUGGAAUCCGACAGGUUUUAAAUGUUUCCGUCGACACUCCUGAGAAUCUCGCCGUGGAUUGGGUCAACAAUAAACUGUACGUGGUAGAGACGAGCAUUGACAGAAUCGAUUUGGUUGAUCUGGACGGAAGCAACCGUGUCACAAUCAUUGCAGAAAACCUGGGCAGUCCACGAGGUAUUGCUUUGGACCCCACUGUAGGCUACAUGUUCUUCUCUGACUGGAACGAUGCCUCUGGGGAACCCAAGCUGGAGCGUGCCUACAUGGAUGGAACUCAUCGUUUUGACGUGGUGAAGACCAAGCUAGGCUGGCCAGGCGGAAUAACACUGGACAUCAUAACCAAAAGGCUAUAUUGGGUAGAUAGCCAUUUUGACUACCUUGAGACAGUGACUUAUGAUGGACUUGAGAGGAAAACUGUCCUUAGUGGAGGUGCAGCCAUCCCACAUCCUGUCGGAAUAACUCAUUUUGAAGAUAAAUUGUAUUACACUGACUGGACUAAGCUGGGAGUCAUGAAGUCCAAUAAGUUCACAGAGAGCAAUCCACAAAUACUCUACCAAACUUCACUGAAGCCAUAUGGAAUAACUGUUUAUCAUAGACUCAGACAACCAUUUGUCAGGAAUCCAUGUGGCAGUAACAAUAAUGGAUGUGAGCAGAUAUGUGUCCUCAGCCAUGGAAGUGACAAUGACGGCUUGGGUUUCCGAUGCAAAUGCAAAUUGGGGUUCGAUCUGCACAGUGAUGGCAAACAUUGCUAUGUCGUGUCCCAGUUCUUGCUGUUGUCAUCGCAAUUGGCUGUGCGUGGAAUUCCCUUUAACAUCUCUUCACAAGAGGAUAUCAUCCUCCCUAUCACAGCAAGCCCUUCGUUCUUUGUGGGGCUUGAUUUUGAUGCUGUUCAGAGAGCUGUCUUCUUCUCUGAUUUAAGACAGAACCUGAUUUACAAGCAAAACAUCAACGGAACAGGCAGAGAAAUCCUAAUUACCAACAGGGUGGACGCAGUAGAAGAUUUGGCCUUCGAUUGGAUCUCAAGAAAUCUCUACUGGACGGAUGUUCGCUAUCGUAGCAUUUCUGUCCUGAGACUGGCUGAUAGAUCCCGAACAGCGAUCAUUGAGAACCUGAACAAUCCCAGAGCUAUUGUGGUGCAUCCAGUGAUGGGAUAUAUCUUCUGGACAGACUGGUUCAGACCUGCAAAGAUAAUGAGAGCCUGGGGCGACGGGUCAAAUGCAAUGCCAAUCGUCAAUACAACACUGGGCUGGCCAAAUGGUUUGGCCAUUGACUGGAGCUCUCAACGACUUUACUGGGUGGAUGCAUUUUUUGAUAAAAUCGAGCACAGCACCUUCAGUGGUUCAGACAGACAAACUCUUAACCGAAUCAGUCAAAUAUCACACCCCUUUGGUCUCACAAUCUUUGGUGGAUAUGCAUACUUUACCGACUGGAGAUUGAAAGGAAUAAUCCGUGUGAGAAAAACAGACGGUGGUGAGAUGACCAUUAUCAGAAGAGGCAUCAACUACCUUAUGCAUGUCAAAUCAUUCGAUGCUUCAAUCCAUGUUGGUUCCAACUACUGUAACAGGCCGGCAAAUCCCAAUGGUGACUGCAGCCAUUUCUGUUUCCCAAUACCAAACUAUCAGAGAGUCUGUGGCUGUCCCUAUGGUAUGAAGCUGGACUCAGACAACAUGAACUGCGUCGAAGACCCAUCAAACGAACCACCCACCCAACAAUGUGGUUCCUUUUCGUUUGCUUGUGCCAACGGCAGAUGUGUGCCAAGGUACAAGCACUGCGAUGGGGUGAAUGACUGCCACGAUAACAGCGACGAACUCAAUUGCGGAACUCAAAACACCACCUGCUCCCCUGCUGCCUUUACCUGCACUAAUCACCAGUGCGUUCCAAGCCACUGGCGAUGUGACGGACAGAAUGACUGCAUCGACUCCAGCGACGAGCAGAAUUGUCCAACGCGUGGCCCUGUCUCCUGCUCAGGAAACUAUUUCACCUGCUCCAACAACAGGUGUGUCCCCAUGAGAUGGGUGUGUGAUACCGACAACGACUGUGGAGAUGGCUCGGAUGAGCUCAGUUGCAAUUUUACAAGCACUUGCCGGCCCGGACAGUUUUUCUGCCCAGAUCAUCGCUGCAUUGACACAUAUUUUGUAUGUGACGGUGAUGAGGACUGCCAGGAUGGGGCAGAUGAGCAGGGCUGUGUGUACAACUGCACUUCCUAUGAGUUUAAGUGUGCCAGCGGAGACCGAUGCAUCAGCAAGUUCUACCUCUGUGACGGAGUAUUUGACUGCAAUGAUCAGUCUGAUGAGGUUGACUGUCCCACUCGAUCUCCUGGCCUGUGUCACCAGAAUGAAUUCCAGUGUCAGGGUGACGGAGCUUGUAUUCCCUCAUCCUGGGAAUGUGACGGUCACGGAGACUGUGCUGACGGAUCCGAUGAACAUCUCAGCUGCCCACCCAAGACCUGUUCUUCUAACUUCUUCCGCUGCGACAAUGGGAACUGCGUGCACAGGGGCUGGCUGUGCGAUGGGGACGAUGACUGCAGGGACAUGAGUGAUGAACGGGAUUGUCCCACCCAGCCCUUCCGAUGUCCCAGUCACCAGUGGCAGUGCCCGGAGCUCAGCGUCUGUGUGAACUUGGCCAAGGUUUGUGACGGGACGCCAGACUGCCCAAACAGUGCUGAUGAAUCGCCACUGUGCAAUAUGGAGAGCUGCUCGGACAACAACGCAGGCUGUACACAUCAAUGUAUUCAAGGUCCCUUUGGUGCUCAGUGUGUCUGUCCUGAUGGUUACCUGCUUGCCAAUGAUUCCAAGACCUGUGAAGAUAUUGACGAGUGCAAUCCCCCGGGUUUUUGCAGUCAGUUAUGUUACAAUGAGAGAGGCUCUUUCAGGUGCACCUGUGGUGAAGGCUAUGAUCUAGAAGCAGAUCAGAGGACCUGUAAAGUCUCAGACUCCCGGGAUGCUCUGUUGCUGGUUGCCACUGGAGGUCAACUCAUUUCUGAUAACAUCAGCGCUCGACCAAACUAUCUUCGCUCUGUGAUCAGAAACGGGAGGACCAUCGUUGCGGUUGAUUUUGAUUCCACAAGUGGUCGUAUUUACUGGUCAGAUGUUACUCAGGACAAGGUCUGGAGCGCUUUUCAAAAUGGGACUGACCAGAAAAUUAUCUUUGACAGUGGAGUGACUGUCACGGAAAACAUAGCUGUGGAUUGGGUAGGACGCAAUCUGUAUUGGGCAGACUACAUUCUUGAAACUAUUGAGGUGUCAAACCUGGAUGGCAACCACAGAACCGUGCUCCUCAGUGAGAACAUCACCAACCCCAGGGGACUGGUGCUGGAUCCCAGGAAUGAUGCUCAUUUAAUGUUCUGGACAGACUGGGGUAGGAACCCACGGAUUGAAAAGGCCAGUAUGGAUGGCACACAGCGGACUGUCAUUGUAAGUGAGAAGAUCUUCUGGCCCAAUGGACUGGCCAUAGAUUAUCCAACGAAACUACUCUACUUUGCUGAUGCCUACUUGGAUUAUAUCGAAUACUGCGACUACAAUGGAAACAACAGGCAUCAAGUUUUAGCAAGUGACUUGGUCCUGAACCACCCACACGCUAUCACUAUUUUUGAGGACUUUGUGUAUUGGACUGAUCGUUAUUCUCACCGUGUGAUGAGAGCAAACAAGUGGCACGGAGAGAACCAGACUGUACUGAUCUAUAAUAUCUAUUAUCCACUGGGCAUUGUGGCUGUUCACCCUGUGAGGCAACCUCCCGAUUCAAAUCCGUGCGCAUCCAAUCCAUGCAGUCACCUGUGCUUGCUGUCUGCAACUGGUCCGAGGUUCUAUUCGUGUGCCUGUCCCUCAGGAUGGAAGCUGAUGUCUGAUUUCCAGACCUGUGCCAAAAGUAACGAGCCUUUCCUAAUCGUGGUGAAGAGCAGCAUUGUUUAUGGCAUCUCCCUAAACCCCGAGGAGAAAGCUAAUGAUGCCAUGGUUCCCAUCGCUGGGUUGUCCAAUGGCAAUGAUGUUGACUUUGAUGAUGAGGCAGAGAUGAUCUACUGGGUGGAAUAUCCAGGAGAAAUUCACCAAGUCAAAUCAGAUGGAACCAACAGGGAUAUUUUUGCUCCAGCUGCUGACAUCGGCCACCCCAUUGGCUUGGCUUUUGAUUGGAUCAGCAAGAAUCUGUACUACACUAACGCUGGACAGCAGUCGAUCGACGUGAUAAAGGCACAUGGUAACAAGUACAGAAAAACCUUAUUAACUAAUACUGGACAAAGCUCUGGUGUUGGAACUCCCAUUGGCAUCACAGUGGACCCAGCAAGAGAGAAGAUGUACUGGACUGAUCAAGGCACAGAGAAUGGGAUCCCAGCAAAGAUCGCUAGUGCUGACAUGGAUGGCUCCAACCCGGAGAUUCUCUUCACUGACAAUCUGCGUCAUGUAGAGUUUAUUACCAUUGACAUCAAGGAGAGCUAUCUAUACUGGGGUGUCACCAGUACUGGCUUGAUCGAAAGAGGAAAUGUGAAUGGUACAAACCGAAUGACUGUGGUGAGCGACCUUUCCCAUCCCUGGGGAAUAGCCGUCCAUGGGAACUUCCUUUACUACACCGAUUAUGCCUAUGAGGUGAUUGAGCGUGUGGACCUGACUACUCAUGAGAAAGUCGCAAUGAGAGAUAAUACUCCAGGGCUGAAGUGCCUCAAAGUCCACUUCAGAGACAAGUCAGCCGGUUCCUCCAAUGGCUGCAGCAGCAAUGGGGGAGCUUGCCAACACCUCUGCCUGCCUAAACCUGGAGGAAUGUUCACCUGCGCUUGUGCCACAGGCUUCCGCCUGAACCCGGACAACAGAACAUGCUCGCUCUUCAAUUCCUUCGUGGUGGUGAGCCAGCUGUGGAGCAUCCGAGGUUUCAGCCUGGAUGAGGCUGACCAUGGGGAGGCCAUGAUGCCAGUGGGUGGCUACACCCUCUUUGCCGCACACUUGGAUGUGCACAUGGAUUCGGGGUUUAUUUACUGGUGUGAUUUACACCGUUUUUGGACAUAUGGGGCCGGUAUCCGAAGAAUUAAACCCGACGGCUCUUCCUUCCAGAACAUCGUGGUGUCGGGAAUUGGUCAGAAUGGUGUCCGAGGCAUCGCGGUGGAUUGGCUGGCAGGAAACCUUUAUUUUACGAAUGGAUUUUUAACAGAAACCUACAUCGAGGUUGUUCGGCUGAACAGCACUUUGCGACGUGUUCUGAUCAAAACUUCAGUGGAUCGGCCCAGGCACAUUGUGGUAAAUCCCAAACUCCGAUACAUCUACUGGGCAGAUUACGGGCAGCAACCCAAAAUUGAACGCGCUUCUCUUGACGGCUCCAAUAGGACUAUUUUGGUUGACGAUGGCAUCGCCAUGCCACGAGGGCUGGCUGUUGAUCGCAAAACUGACUACAUCUACUGGGUUGACGACUCCUUCGACCUGAUUGCCAGGAUCCCACCUAAUGGAGGGGAACGAGAAUACAUCCGAUUCGGCAGCCGAUAUCCAACUCCUUACGGCAUCACCAUUUUUGAAGACAGUAUGAUCUGGGUGGACAGGAACCUGAAGAAGAUCUUCCGGGCAAGCAAAGAGCCGGGAAAUACAGAGCAGCCAACGGUGAUCAGAGACAACUUGGGCUCUCUGAGGGACGUGGUCAUGUUUGACAAACAGACUCAACCGACUUCACCAGGAGAAGUUAAUAAUAACCCCUGUCUGAACGAGAAUGGAGGGUGCGCUCAGUUUUGCUUUGCAUUACCCGAGACUGAGAUGGCAAAGUGUGGUUGUGCCCACGGCAAAUUGGACACUGAUGGCAAAACAUGUGUCAUCUCAACCAAUAAUUUCCUGAUCUAUGCAACAGAGUCCACCAUCAGCAGUCUGCGCCUGGACCCCACUGACCAUGUCCUCCCCUUCCCUGUAGUAAACGUGUUGCGAACAGCUGUGGCCCUGGAUUAUGACAGUGUUGAGAAUAGGAUUUAUUUCACACAGAAUUCUUGGGGAGGACACAGCAAGAUCAGUUACAUCAGCCUCAGCUCACCAACUCGCCCUCCCACCCAGGUGGUGACAGGGCUAGGUGCACCUGAUGGAAUUGCAUUUGACUGGAUUAACAAGAGGAUUUAUUACAGCGACUAUUUGAACCAGACAAUCAACUCCAUUGGAGUGAAUGGCCACAAUCGUACAAUCAUUGCAAACGUUCCAAGGCCGAGAGCUAUUGUGCUGGAUCCUUGCAGAGGCUACAUGUAUUGGACUGACUGGGGGACUCACGCCAAGAUCGAACGAGCGACACUCGGAGGAAACUUCCGUAUACCGAUUGUAAAUACCAGCCUGGUCUGGCCAAAUGGUCUAACAUUGGACCUGGAGGAUCAGAAGCUCUAUUGGGCUGAUGCUUCUCUACGGAAGAUUGAACGAAGCAACCUUGUGGGGACAGAUCGGGAGGUGAUUGUGAGCACUGCCAUCUUCCCCUUUGCAGUGACGCUCUAUGAAGAGUACCUCUACUGGACAGAUUGGAGCACAAAGAGCAUUUACCGGGUCAACAAGGAUGAUGGGUCGGACCAGUUGGUCAUGAUACAAAGUCUACCACUUCGUCCCAUGGAUAUUCACGUGCUGUCCGACAGCAAGCAGCAGCAUUGCAGUAAUCCAUGCGAUCAGUUUAAUGGAGGCUGCAGUCACAUCUGUACUCCAGGUCCUCAUGGUGCUGAGUGCCAGUGUCCUGCCCAUGGGAAUUGGCGUUUGGCUAACAACAAUAAAGACUGUGUCCCUGCCAGUGCCGCAACUUGUGGCCUUGACUAUUUUACCUGUUUGAAUGGGAACUGCAUCCCCGACAGAUGGAAAUGUGAUAACGAUAAUGAUUGUGGUGAUAGGAGUGAUGAAGCUGAGAGAGUGUGUGCAUUCCACGUCUGCCCCUUGAGUGCCUUCACGUGUGACAAUGGUCGGUGCACACCCUAUAGCUAUCGCUGUGACCAUUAUAAUGACUGUGGAGACAACAGUGAUGAGGCUGAUUGCUUGUUCCCCACCUGUAACCCAAACACCGAGUUCACAUGCAAUAAUGGGAGGUGCAUCAAUCGAAGCAGCGUGUGCAAUGGGGUGAACAACUGCCAUGACAAUGGCACUACAGAUGAGACGAACUGCCCGGAUCGGACUUGCCAGUCUGGCUAUGUAAAAUGUCAAACUACGAACAUCUGCAUUCCGCGCACAUAUCUAUGUGAUGGAGACAAUGACUGUGGAGAUAUGAGUGACGAGAGUGCUACCCACUGUGCCACUGGGACCUGUACAGAGCAUGAAUUCCGCUGCUCAUCUGGACGCUGUGUACCCUCACACUGGUACUGUGACCGCGAGGCGGAUUGUGCUGAUGGCUCAGAUGAACCAUCUACUUGUGCUUCCUUGGAGCGCACUUGUGCAAGUCAACAGUUCCAGUGUGAUGAUAGCCGAUGUGUCCCCUCGACCUGGAUCUGUGACGGAGACAAUGACUGCGGGGACAUGAGUGAUGAAGAUCAAAGGCAUGAUUGUGCAAACCGUAACUGCACAGCUACAGAAUUUACAUGUUUGAACAACCGGCCUCCACAGAGAAGGUGUAUCCCGCGAGUCUGGGUGUGUGACGGAGAUGCUGACUGCUCCGAUGCUCUAGAUGAACAUCAGAACUGCACUCGGAGAUCCUGCCAGGAGUCUGAGUUCACCUGUGACAAUGGGCUGUGUAUCAGGAGUUCAUACAGGUGUGACCGGCGUAAUGACUGUGGUGAUGCCAGUGAUGAGAGAGGAUGUACGUACCAGCCUUGUGCCCAGCACCAGUUUACAUGUCAUAAUGGCCGCUGUGUCUCACAGCUGUGGGUCUGUGACGGGGACAAUGACUGUGGAGAUGAAUCCGAUGAGUUAGAGCACAUGUGUCAGACCGCUGAGCCAACGUGCCCUCCCCAACAAUUCAAAUGUGACAAUGGAAACUGCAUUGAAAAUGUCAAGGUCUGCAACCGAGUUAACGAUUGCUCUGAUAACAGCGAUGAGAAAACGUGUGGGAUUGAUGAAUGCAGUGCUCCAGCCCUCAACCACUGCAACCAAAUCUGCACCAAUACAUUGACGAGCUUCAUUUGCUCCUGUCAUCCUGGCUAUCAACUCAUGGCUGACAGACAGACUUGUGAGGACAUUGAUGAGUGCAGUGUCAUGCCGAGUGUUUGCAGCCAGAUAUGUGAGAACACAGAGGGCUCGCACGUCUGCAAGUGUGCUCCAGGGUACAUUCGGGAACCCGAUGGCAAAACCUGUCGGCAAAACAGCAAUAUCGAGCCUUACCUCCUCUUCUGUAACCGUUAUUACAUCCGGAACCUGUCUGCUGACGGGGCACUCUACUCACUGGUUGUCCAAGGGCUCACCAAUGUGGUGGCCCUGGAUUUCGACAGAGUUGAGCAAAGAUUGUACUGGAUUGACUUUGGCCGAAGAAUUCUUGAGCGAAUGUUCUUGAACGGGACUCAAAAGGAAACCGUUAUCAACCAUGAUCUGUUAGGGGCUGAGAGUCUGGCUGUUGACUGGGUUGCAAGGAAACUAUACUGGGUUGAUAAUGUCAAAAAGUGCCUCAAUGUUGGUGAAUUGGAUGGUCGUCUACGGAAAAGGCUGAUUGACCAUUGUAUUGAUGCCAACAAUACCUACUGCUUUACUUAUCCUCGAGGCAUUGUUGUUCAUCCUAAGUAUGGGUAUGUUUUCUGGGCCGACUGGGGUACCCAGGCGUAUAUUGGUCGAGCAGGCAUGGAUGGCAACCACAAGUUAGCCAUUAUUACCACAAAAUUGGAAUGGCCAGGGGGCCUGACCAUCGACUACACGAACGACAAGCUCUAUUGGUGUGAUGCUCACCUGAACUACAUUGAGUUUUCCGAUUUGGACGGAAAUCAUCGUCACUCUGUGUUUGAUGGAACCCUGGCACAUCCGUUUGCCAUUACCCUGUUUGAGGAUACAAUUUACUGGACAGACUGGAACACCAGAUCAGUUGAGAAAGCAAACAAAUACACUGGGGAGGGCCAGAUGUUGUUGGUGAACAUCACCCAUAGGCCCUUUGAUAUCCAUGUCUACCAUCCCUACAGGCAACCGAUAGUGACCAAUCCCUGUGGUGUAAACAAUGGUGGCUGCUCUCACCUGUGUUUGAUCGCAUCAGGUGGACAGAGCUACACGUGUGAAUGUCCUGAUCAUUUCCUGCUACUGACAGUCGGCAAUACUGCUCAAUGCUUUCACAAUUGUCUGAGUACUCAUUAUAGGUGCCUGGACAAUGAGAGAUGUAUUCCGAUCUGGUGGAAGUGUGACGGGCAGAGAGACUGCAGGGAUGGCUCGGAUGAACCUGCUACUUGUCCCGUCCGCUUUUGUAGAGUUGGACAAUUCCAAUGUAAUGAUGGUAACUGCACCAGCUCCAACUUCUUGUGUGAUGCUUUCGAGAAUUGCCCAGAUGGCUCUGAUGAAGACACCGUGCUUUGUGACACGCACGAGUGUGAGAGCUACCAAUGGCAAUGUGCCAACAAGCGCUGUAUCCCCGAGGCCUGGCAGUGCGAUGGAGACAACGACUGUCUAGAUGGUUCUGAUGAGGCCCCAGGUCACUGUGCUUCUCGGAGCUGUUCUCCUGGACAGUUCAAGUGCGACAAUGGACGGUGCAUCCCACAGGCGUGGAAAUGUGAUGUGGACAACGAUUGUGGAGAUAACUCUGAUGAACCUCAUGAUGAAUGCAUGGGACCGGACUACCGCUGUGAUAACCACACCGAGUUUUCCUGCAAAACAAACUACCGCUGUAUUCCUAUGUGGGCUGUGUGCAACGGUCACGAUAAUUGCCGAGACAACAGUGAUGAACAAAACUGUGAGGAACGUACUUGUAAUCCGUCAGGUGAUUUCCGAUGUGAUAAUCACCAGUGUAUCCCUCUCCGCUGGAGGUGUGACAGAGAAGUGGACUGUCAAGAUGGGUCUGAUGAGCAAAACUGCAGCCCGCGGGAGUGCACAGAGAGUGAGUUUCGCUGUGACAAUCUGCGCUGUAUCCCUGGCCGCUGGGUGUGUGACCAUGAUAAUGAUUGUGAAGAUCACUCUGACGAACGAGACUGUGAGCUGCUGACCUGCCUUCCCGACUACUUUGAGUGUAAUAGUGGUCACUGUGUCCCAGAGAGGUUCAAAUGUGAUGGCAAUCCCGACUGUUUGGACUAUUCCGAUGAAAGCACCUGCCCAACUCGUUACCCCAACGGCACCUACUGUCCCCCUUUCCUGUUUGAGUGCCACAAUCACGUGUGUGUCCUGCCAAAGUGGAGAUGUGACGGAGACGAUGACUGUGGGGAUGGGUCUGAUGAGGAGCUCCACCUUUGCUUGGAAAUCUCAUGCGAUGCUGCUUUCCGUUUCCGCUGUGACAACAAUCGUUGUGUGUACAGCCACGAGCUGUGCAAUGGCAUAGAUGACUGUGGAGAUGAAAGUGAUGAAAAGGAAGAACACUGUCAACCGCCUACUCACGGCCCCUGCACAACAGAGCAAUAUAAAUGUGGCAACGGCUACUGCAUUCCCCUGGCUUAUGUGUGUGACAAUUAUGGUGAUUGCCCUGAUCAAUCAGACGAGUUCGGCUGCUUCUAUGGUACCACACGAUCCUGUGCAGAAAACCUUUGUGAACACAAUUGUACAGACCUGCCCAAGGGAGGGUUCAUCUGCUUCUGUCGAUCUGGCUACAAACCAAGUGAAGUGGACAGGAACAACUGCGAUGACAUCAACGAGUGUGAGAUCUUCAGCUCCUGCCCUCAAGAUUGCAAGAACAGUAAAGGGAGCUACGAGUGUUUCUGCGCUGAGGGAUUCCGCUCUGUUGGUGAGGAGCACGGCACUCAAUGUGUAGCCAACGGGAAUCCACCCAUCUUGCUUCUGCCAGAUAACAUCCGAAUCCGGAGAUACAGCCUCUCCUCUGAACGCUUCACUGACUAUGUACAGAACGAGGAGCACAUCAAGGCUGUGGGCUAUAUCUGGGAACCAGAACAACCAGACCUCAGUAUUGUUUACUGGACUGUCCUGGGACGUGGCUCAGACCAUGGUGCUAUAAAACGAGCUCACCUUACUACAUUUGAUGACAAUGGAAACAACCCAAUUACAGCAGUAGAUCUAGAGCUGAAAUAUAUAGUGUCACCUGAUGGCAUUGCAGUGGACUGGGUUGGAAGACAUAUUUAUUGGACUGAUGCCACCACAAACAGAAUUGAAGUGGCUAAGUUGGAUGGGAGAUAUAGGAAAUGGUUGAUUUCCUCCCAACUCGACCAGCCAGCUGCUAUUGCUGUCAAUCCUAAACUUGGCCUGUUGUACUGGGCCGACUGGGGCCGAAUGGCCAAGAUAGAGAUGGCCUGGAUGGAUGGACAGCAUCGUCAAGUACUGGUGGACAGUGAUCUGGGCUGGCCAACGGGCCUUACCAUCGAUUACCUGAAUGGUGACAGAGUCUACUGGUGCGAUUCCAAAGAGAACCUCAUUGAGUCCAUGCAACAUGAUGGCACUGACCGCAAGCUGGUCAUUAUUGGAGAUCUGGGUAACCCUUAUAGUCUGGAUGUCUUUGAGAAUCACUUGUACUGGACAUCAAAGGAGAGGGGGGAAGUGUGGAAACAGAACAAAUUUGGAAAUGGGCGCAAGGUGAAAAUAAUGACUGUCAAUCCAUGGCUCACUCAAGUGCUCGUCUACCAACAGAACCGGUACAACCUUUCAGUGCCUAACCCUUGCCAGGAUGUCUGCAGUCACCUAUGUUUGCUAAACCCCGGAGGCUAUACAUGUACUUGCCCUCAGGGCAGCCAGUUUUUUCCAGGCUCCAGUUCUGAAUGUGAUGCAGCCAUUGAGGUAAGGAAAGCCAUGCCUCCUGCCUGCCAGUGUAGGAACGGAGGAACAUGCUACAUUGAUAAGGACGUGGCAAAGUGCACGUGCCCUCAUGGCUAUUCUGGCAUUUAUUGCCAAAUUGGAAAGACUAGCCAAUUACACCAAACAACAGCAAUAACAGUCUUAGUGACGCUCAUUAUCAUUCUCAUCGUGGGAGCACUUGCUGUUGGUGGAUUCCUGAACUACAGACGAACAGGCUCAGUCUUGCCAUCAUUCCCUAAGCUCCCACGCUUAAGCAAUCUUGUUAAAUCCAGUGGGAAUGGAAAUGGAGUAACAUUUAGAUCAGGAGCGGACACUGGGAUGGAGAGCGGAGCUUCAGGAAUUGAGAUUGAUUCUGCUAUUGACCGAGUGAUGCAGAUGAGUGAAGACUUUACGGCCAGGACUGGAAAGGAGCCGGUUACCUUUGAGAAUCCCAUGUUUGGAAUGAAAGGUGCUGGUGAGCCGGCUGCAGUUCAGCAAUCUGAGGUUCCUUCAGCGUUUGGAGAGGAAUCGCAGGGCAGUCAGGCUGACAAUCCCAACUACAUUUCUGUACCUGAAUCCACCGUCAAACCGAUGACAACUGUUCCACAAGCUCAGGAAUCCAAGUGGAAUUUCUUCAGACGAAAACUCAAACCAGGCACAAACUUUGAGAACCCAGUGUACAACGAGGAACAUAAAGAGCAACAGGCAAACAGCCCAUUUGAAGAAGCAUCUUCCAUACCUCCGUCCUCUGAAUCACCUCCAAAUAAGCCAUCUUCCAGAAACAAGCCUUUAACAUUCAGUGCAACAGAGAAUACCUUCAAGGAUACCGCCACUCUUGUUAAAGAGGAUUCAGAUGUAUAAUCCAGUUGCUAUCCGGGGAAAAAGACAGACUUUCCUAUACAUUAUACAUUAUAUUUUUAUAUCAGCCAGUAUAUUUGGAUAUGUUAGAAAUAUUUAGCUACAUGACACCCUUUUAAAACAAUUAGCAGGGGCCCAUUAGCUGUUGUAAAGGGUAGUCUGUCUGUCAGUCCCUUUGCCUUCAGUAAUAUUUCUUUUAUGCCAACUCUUAUCAAUUUUUUUUGGAAGACUUUUUAUUAUGAGGCUCUAUAUGUAUUUCUUUGCACUGGAUUUGUGUAAGAGUAUGAGACGUAUAAUGUUAUAAAUAUGUUGUACAUUUGUAAAUUUUCAAGAGAUUAUGGUAUUGUUAGUGUUGCCGAGGGUGAAAGGUGAUUUAUACUGAAGGUGGCAAUGUGUGUCAACCUGACGAUUGAGGUGAAACUACUGAUUAUGUUAUAAAAAGUAACUAAAUGUGGAAACUACUGAGCUAAAGAUAUCUUCGACAACACAAUUUGAUGAGGAAAAAAAAAGAGCAUAAAGUGUAACUAAAAUCAAGUGAGUUUGCUGCUGUUUUUGGAUGUUAAUUAUUGGUAGACGGUGUAGCCUGUAAAUAACCUCUCGGCCAAAGUAUCCAACUUGGCCCUUUGACCGCAGAUAGCUGAAUGUCUAGAGAGGUAAAAUCAAUCCCACAUAAAUAAAGAAUCUGUUUUGAUAAGUUCCAUGUGCUUAUUGGGAGCCAGAGUGGUUUAUGUCUGCUUCAAUCUUAAAUUAAGAUUUCCAGAAAUGUAACAAUAUUUUAUAUACUGUUAAAUCGCUCCGUUCAGCAAACUGUUGAAAACAAUGUUUUCUGCAAUGUUAACAGGAAGCACCCUGAAAGGCGAGGCUAAUCCACCAGACUAUGCCAUGCAGCCAACAUUUAACAUAAAAAAUAAUUAAAACACAAAAUUUGAACAAAAAUAAGUCGUGAUCAGGUGAAACAGAGUUUGUUAAAUCAGCGAUUGCAAAAAUGUUUUGGGUGUACAAAAAUGUGAUUCAAUAGGAACUGAAGGAAUAAUGGUCUUAUUUCCAGAAUAUGUUUACCUUCCUGCUGUAGGAAUAGCUGGCGUUAUCCAAUGGCUUUCCUAUUCAGUUCUGGUUUGUGCUAAUCACAGGCAGAAACCAGAGUUGAGGAGCAAAGUAACUCUUGUUAAAAGUAUAUUUUUAAAUUGAUAUCGUAAGGAACAAUCUUUCUAAUUAUAUAGGUGGGCUUUAAUGUCUGAUAUCUGAAUAUGGAAUACAUAAAUACCGCACGAGGGACAAUUACAAGGACUGGGAAUUUUAAUUUCUAGUCACUUAUCUUAUUGUUGUUCCCUUCUCUGAUGUUGACUGCAUGUUAUAAAGUAAAUGUACUUAAAGACUGAGAAAAAGUGCCAUCAGAAAGAUGUUCCUGCCAAAUAUAGGUGACUGUUAAUACAGGUAUGUAUAUUACCUUACUUGAUCAGGUUUAAAAUUGCCAGACUCGAGGCAAGGUUUCCUAUCCUGUCCUUCCUGCUCAAUGAAUAACUGCGAUGACUGUUCAUCUUCGUUUACUUCACACUGAAGUCCAAUUUCAACUGGCAUUUGUCCUACAAACAACCUAGACUAGCUGCCUAAAUGUAUAAUUAGUUAAAGGCCUGCACACGUAUUCAAUGUUGAUUGCACCUGAUUGUAAUUACAGUUUUUUAUAUAAAUAUAUAUUUCAAAUCGUAAGGAAUUUCCAUGGAGCUUUUAGAAUCCUGUGUGUAUUAAUUAUGACAGAUGUAUUUUAAUUAGGGUGGAAGUUUUAUUGUACGUUGAUUAGACAAAAAGAGAUACUUCUUUCACUGGAACAAAAAUCUGCUGCUGAACAAAUCUAAUAAAUUUGGUUAUUUUAUCAUG